AUGUCGAAAAGAACCGCCGAAGACCAGGAUAACCUAGAGUCCCUCAAGGCAGGGCAGCGACCAGAUUCGAGUGCAAACGGUGACCCCACCCUCGACUUCGAAGACGAAUUCGAAGAUGAAUACGAGUCGGAAGACGAGAUCAUGGAAGCGGGCGUUGAUGGGCGGCCGGACGCCGAAAGAGAAGCCGAGCAGGCACAAGAUGCUAUGGAUGUCGACACGAAGGAGCAAACAUUUAUCCCAGGCCGAUCGAUAUUGCAACCUGGAAUGUCGUUGACGCCGGACCCGUCCACCUACGAGAUGCUUCACCUCAUGUCAACAUCGUGGCCCUGUCUAUCUUUUGACGUGGUGCGAGAUAAUCUGGGGGGAAAUCGCAAGCAGUAUCCAAGGACAGUCUAUGCCGUUGCGGGCACGCAGGCUGAGUCGUCACGCGCCAAAGAGAAUGAAAUGUAUAUUUUGCGAUUGAGCAGUCUAUCGAAGAUGGAUCGUGGAAAUCAGACAGAUUCGGAAAGCGAUAGCGACGACGAUGAGGACGACGAGGGCUCAUCUGAUCCCGUGCUCGAGUCGAGGUCGAUACCGCUCCCAAGCACAACCAAUAGAAUUAGAGCAUUCCAGCCAGCCUCUGCCGCUGCCGAUAUGGCCCAAAUGCCUCAGACAUUGACGGCUACAUCCCUCGAAAAUGGUCAGGUUCUGAUCCAUGAUGUGUCACCAUAUCUCCAUUCUCUUUCAACACCAGGCUACACACUGCCUCCGAAUGCCUCGAAGCCGCUCAGCACGCUCCGAGUGCACAAGACAGAAGGAUACGCACUGGACUGGGCGCCAGCUUCCUCGCACCCGAACGGUCGACUUCUCUCCGGUGACAAUGCCGGACAAAUAUUCAGCACACAGCGAACCGAGGGCGGCGGAUGGGUAACCGACACCAGAUCAUUUGUCGGCCACACUGACGCAGUGGAAGAACUUCAAUGGUCACCCAAUGAGAAAUUUGUCUUUGCAUCCGCAAGCUCCGACGGCACUGUGAAGGUGUGGGAUGCGCGAAGUAAGAGUCGCAAACCCGCUGUUGAUGUGAAGAUUAGCAACACGGAUGUCAACGUGAUGUCUUGGUCGCGCCAGACAUUCCACUUGCUUGCCACUGGCGCCGAUGAUGGCGAAUGGGCAGUUUGGGAUUUGCGGCAAUGGAAGCCUCAGUCAGGAGCAGCACCUGGCGCACAGAUCAAACCGAGUCCUGUCGCUAACUUUCACUUCCACAAGAAGCCCAUCACUUCAAUAGAGUGGCAUCCGACAGAUGAUAGCGUGGUAGCUGUCGCCUGCGCUGAUAAUACAGCAACUCUGUGGGAUCUCGCGGUCGAGCUUGAUGAUGAAGAAUAUGGCAGAGAAGCGGGCUUAGGUUUGGGUGAAGGUGCCGAAAAGGUCCCUCCGCAACUCUUGUUCAUUCAUCACGUUGAAGACGGCAAAGAAUUGCACUGGCACCCGCAAAUGCCCGGUACGGUCAUGGUCACCGGCGGAAGCGGUCUAGGAGUCUUCAAGACAAUCAGCGUUUGA